AUGAAUAAUAACCUCAUUGCCACAGCAUUCCAAGACCUGUUGUUUGCUCUUCGUACAUGGGAGGCAAAGUCUGAUCUAUUGCUUGAUAUUGGCAUUCAUUCGCCCAGCGACCCAGAGAAUUGGUUUAAAUAUCUGAAAUUUGAGGCCGACAUCACGACUGAUAAUCUGGAUCAAUAUCUUCAGGGGAAGGUAACAAUACUGGUUAAGGUUGAUGACAAGCGGCAUGGAUGGAAUGCUGCCAGCCAAGGAUUUGUUCCAACAAAGUCAGCUCUUGAAAAGGUUUGUGAUGAGACCAUGGCCGGUGCACCAUUUGAUACAGGGGAAGAGGAAUGUGAAUGGUGGAAGCAGCUUUCGACAACACCCGUAGUAAUAGUCGUGCUUCUUCGUUAG